AAAUACCCCAAUCUAUUUUAAAGCUCCCUCCUCAUGUUGCGUCGUCUUCUUCCCAUCACGUUGCUUCUUCACGCUCUCUCCACAGAGCUCACUCCUUUCCUUCUCUUCCAUUCUGCCACAGUUUUUUCUUGUUGGAUCAAUUGAAGCGCACUGCUGAGCCACAAGACUCAGCUUUUCUUAGUCAGGAGAAGUCCAGUCGUGCAUUUGCAAAUUCAUUGAUGGGGCGUAACCUUUCAAAUCAUUCAGAAUCUCCAGUUGGGGACCCUCUUCGUAGGAGGAGCCCAUCUAGGAAAAGUCCAUACAGAAUAGAAAGAUCACCUACUCGACAUAGGAGGUCCCACAGGGGUAGUUCUCCACCAAGAGAGAAACAUUCAGGUCACCCUAAGUCUCCAAAGCAUGCAAGGUCCCCCUCUCCUCCUGUUCGCUCUCCUUCUCCUCGGACAAAACGGUUAAGAAGAGCUCAAGCUGGCAGAGAGGCUGUGAAAGAACCUGAAAGAAGUAACGGGAGGGGAACUAAUAGGGGUUUACAGAAGGAAGGGGUUUCAGAGAGAGAUGUCGGGAGUGAUAGGAAAGAGAAACGGUGGGGAAGAGAUGAUGUUGAUGGUAAAUCAUCAAGACCAAGACAUGGUACUUCUCCAUCAGAUCGACAGCGAAGGAGUAGGCAUAUAUCUCCCUCACCUCAACCUGCUGGUGUUACCAGAGACGUGGAGAAAGUAAUUGAGAAUGACAGUGAAAGGAAUCAUGGCAGAGGGAGUGAUAGAAGAAUGCAAAGGGAAAAGGGUUCAGAUAGGGAAACUGAUAGUGAAAGAGUGGAGAGAAGGUCAGGAAAAGACAGUACUGAUCAUAGGUCUUCAAGAACAAGACAUGGGCGAUCUACUUCUCCAUUGGAUCGGGACCACAAGAACAGACAAAGAUCUCUUUCACCUCAACAAGCUGCCAAUACCAGAGCUCGUGAUGAGGUGCCAAAUUCAAGAGAAGAUGAGCAUAGGGAUGAUGAGAAUGAUGCAGUAGCUAUGAUGAAGGCUGCUGAGGAGGCCUUGGAAGCAAAGCAAAAGGAAAAACCUUCGUUUGAGCUAUCUGGAAAGCUUGCUGCAGAAACUAAUAGGGUCAGGGGUAUAACACUUUUAUUCACUGAGCCUCCAGAUGGACGAAAACCUGAUGUAAGAUGGCGGCUUUAUGUAUUCAAGGGCGGUGAAGUGUUAAAUGAACCCCUGUACAUACAUCGGCAAAGCUGUUACCUCUUUGGGAGGGAAAGAAGGGUGGCAGACGUCCCUACAGAUCACCCAUCCUGUAGCAAGCAACAUGCUGUUAUACAAUUCAGGCAAGUUGAAAUGGAGCAACCUGAUGGUACAUUAUCAAAGAAAGUAAGGCCUUACUUAAUGGACCUUGGAAGCACAAAUAAAACUUUUCUUAAUGAUACUGCAAUUGAACCUCAACGGUAUUAUGAACUAAUGGAAAAGGACACCAUUAGAUUUGGUAAUAGUAGCCGAGAGUAUGUACUACUGCACGAGAACUCUAUGAAUUGACGGGCUCAAUUGGCUACUCGAAUGCGCUUCCGUUUAACAUUUGGGGAUCACUGAUGCAUGAGGUCUUUUCUUUUCUUUUCUUUUUUUUUCUUUUUUUUCGGCAGAUCAGAUGUAUGGGAAUGGGUGGAUUUUAUGAAUAGCAUCAAAUUUUCUGAAUAUAUUUCAUGGAUGUUACAGUCAAUUAUGCAUGGUAUGUUAUAUCU